AGGCCGGCGAGGCGGCGAUAUGAAUUGGUUGACUUUCUUCACAGGAUUACCAAAGUUUUUUCCAGAAUAAUAAUCAUCAAUUAUUGACGAAGCGGCGAUGUAUUUUUAAAUUGCAUUUGUUAGACACUUGGGACAGACUUGUGAAGUGGAGAUGGUAUGGUUGUUGUUAGUAAUUUCAUUAGCGAAUGAUUUAUCCCUUCCCCAGCCUUUGGUUGUCGACCUCCGUCCCUCCACUUCACAGUCUGAUAAUAGUGAUGUUUUUAUGCGCGGUGAACUGUAGUGUAAAGGCCUAUAUAAUGGCCUAAAUAACAUAACUGAUAAGCGAAGUGAAGACGAAGACUGGAAACGAAACAAACGGAGAGGAUGGAUCAAAGUUUAUCCAUGAGAAUAGUACCAAACUGAAACAUGAGUGGAAAAUCUAAUAACAGUUCAAUUAUAAGAAAUAAUUUUCAUUGCAAAUCCAUUUCUCAAGCGAAAAAAGUUGCAGGAAGAAAGUCGCGUACGAGAUGGUCUCAGCGAGAGAAACGACUUCUCUUAUCUGUACUAAAAAAUGUUGGUCAUUCGGAUGUGAAUGAAUUGAUGAAAGCUCUUCCACUUAAAAAUAGAUACCAGAUUUCAAAAUAUUUAAAUAAAGCAAAACAAAAGGCUUCAACUGAAUUAAAAAAGAAGUAUUCUAGAGGGCAGCAUACGCUUCAAAGGAUACAUCAAUGGAUUUCAUUAUUGAAUUUGAAUGAAGCUGACUCAAUUUUACAUAAUAACUUAUCGGCAUUUAUUUUACCAAUUGUGAUGAAACCCGGUAUAUUUCCAUCCAAAUCUCAGGCCGAUUUUGAACUAGUAAAUUUCAAGUUAGCUUAUCGAUUCAUCUUUGAAUCCUUACAAAAUUCAACAUUGAACCAGACUGAAAUCAACGAUGAAAUUAAGGCUUUGCUGUUUUCUGGUUUUAAUCAAAUAACUUAUGAAAUUAAAGGUGAAAAAAGUGAAGGAAACGAGAUAUUCAAUUCCUCAGUUGUUAAAUUCAUGAAUCAGGUUUACAAAUCAAGAUUGGCCAGUUCAGUCGAGCGUCAGAAAAUUACUCAUGGUCAAGAUAUUUUUUCCCUGUUCGAGAUCAAUCCAUUUCUUUGGACAAAUGAAGAAAUUAGAAUUUUAUGCCUUUAAACUCACCUACACAUGCAUUGGAUUAAAGAUAAAAAAUAAUUACCAAAAAUGACUAGGAAUGACCAGACAACAUUUCUCGUUUUCGCACAGUAUUACUUUACUACCAAUGGAGAGCUUUUAUCCCAAAAAUAAUAAACUGGGAUUAAGAAAUGUGCCAAAAUUACGAUUAAAAUGAAGUAAGUUUAAUGAAGGGCAGUUACAAUUUGCUUUGGGUUUCUUGAAAAGUUUAGAACACAUCACUGUUUCAUUUAAAUUUCUUCAUCCCUCUAGUUUUUUUAAGUGUAUUGGCAAAUUUCAAUAUCUCAGCGUUUUCAUCAUCACAUACUUCUUUCUUCGAUUUGAAUUCAAGUAGUGAAGCUGCGAAUCCAACGAUGAUGAUGCCUACAGAACAGCAACAGCAUAAAUAUAAUUAACUGAAAAAUGUGACCACACAUCAGAACAUAAUACCUAUGAGACUUUCAAUCCAACACUUACCAUUCAGAACGCAAGGUAGUAUUACUUGAAAGUCGAAUGAAAUUGUAUGAAAUACAAACGUUUCUGUCAGAUAUACGUUUAAAUUCAAAAAUGAAGAGAAUAUUCCCAAACUAAUUAACCUGUGAAGUGACGAAUAGAAAAAAUGAAAAAUUCUGUCAUUCAGAUUACAUGAUAAAUGAGAGAGAAUUGGAAACGAAUUCUACUCACGGUUUAUGGUAAAUACACAGAGCACAGUGUAUUAAAAUUAGAGCUUGAAGAAACGCAAAACUUCCGAACACUCGGGGUAAGAUUAAAUUUACUGUAAAAUCACAUGCUCAUCAGUAAAUAAAAUAUUCGAAUUAUU